AUGACGAGCGGAUCCGAAGAUGGUGGUGGCGCCAGUGAAAGGAGAUACGAAAUGUAUCUUCGCCCUCCUUAUGGCCUACCACCUCAGCGCGAGCACUCCCCUACACGACAUGGAGACUGCUUCUUACUCCACACUUACAACGCGAGAACAGUUUCUUCCAAUGCCGCUCUCCAAGAGCUACUCGAGGCGAUCAACCACAUCAAGUACCACGUGAUUGCCCUGCAAGAAACCAAGAGCAGGAAGACUGACGUGCGACGAAUGAAUGACGGAACCCUUGCAUCCGAGGUGAGAAGUUUCCAUCGCGAAACGUCGGCGGCGUUGGCUUUGUCGUACAUCCAUCUAUCAUCAGGUUCAAUCACAAGCUGGAGAAAAUCUCUCAACAUCACGCGAAAGGAGCGAAGCAAGUUGCUAUAUGACGGCGAAGUUCUGAACGACGCACUCUCCAGUUAUGACUGGCAAGGUCAUGGAAGAUCCGACCGAAGACUACGACGCUCUGCUUCCACGGACUCAUCGCAUGUGCUGAACGGGCUAAGCUUCCUCGACCAGAUAACACUCGUCGCUUCUCCAAUGCGACAAAAGAUCUACCCAAGACAAGACGAAUCACAUUAUUAUUCAAUUGCCACACACCUCGAAAGACUGCACCUUAAUAUCAGCUGCAGACAAGCGAUGCGUAAGGAUCUUCAGCAAUACAGGCAGCAGAGGCAACUAGAGGCAGCGUUGAACAGAACAAGUCUGAGGAAAUGCAGACGGGAUCUACAAGACCAUACUACACCCCUCGCGUGUCUAAAAAGGGAAGACGGAACUCUCGCAACAUCCCGGUUCGAGAUGGAAGAAAUAACGGAGAGGUUUUACAGCAACCUAUACCGACCAGACCCAGAAAUUCCUACUGGAGAAACAACACCGCGAAUUCUCCCUUCAGAAGUACGAGUUGCAAUUGCGAGCAUGAAAGGGGGCACGACUCCUGGUCCCGACAAAAUCUCAACCGACUUGCUUCGUGCAGGCCGUCACCAACUUCGUGCUCUUCUCGCUAGCCAAGCCCAGUCGCUUUCUUCCAUGUAA